AUGUCGCAGAAACUCUUUAUAAUCAUACGUAAAAAAUUUCCGUAUAUAACAGCAUCAUCGAAAACGCGAUUUUACGCAAGUCUACCAAAAACGCCCGAUUUUUCAUUGAUCGAGAAAAAAUGGAUACAGAAAUGGAAAGAGCAGAAAAUUAAUAAAAAUCCAAAUACUAAUUAUAAUAACAGUGAUAGUGAUGGCGAUCGAUUGAAAAAUCCGUUGUUGAUAUCUCACGAGAAACCAAACAAGUUUUAUGUUUUGAGCAUGUUUCCAUAUCCUAGUGGCUUUUUACAUAUGGGACAUGUCCGUGUGUAUACUAUAAGUGAUACUAUUGCAAGAUUUAGAAAGAUGCUUGGAUAUGAGGUGAUUCAUCCUAUGGGAUGGGAUGCAUUUGGAUUACCGGCCGAGAAUGCAGCGAUAGAGCGCAAUAUUCAUCCUGUUGAGUGGACGACAAAGAAUAUCGCAGUAAUGAAAAAUCAGAUGGAAAAAAUGUUGACGGAUUUUGAUUGGGAGAGGGAAAUCACCACUUGCAAACCUGAUUAUUAUAAAUGGACGCAAUAUCUUUUUCUUCAAUUAUACAAAAAUGGAUUGGCGUAUCAAAAAGAAGCUAUCGUCAAUUGGGAUCCUGUCGAUAAGACUGUGUUGGCUAAUGAACAAGUAGACGCUGAGGGAAAAUCAUGGCGAUCUGGAGCAAAAGUUGAACAUCGUAAAUUGAAACAAUGGUUUUUUAGGAUUACUAGUUAUGCUGAGCAACUUUUGGCGGAUUUGGAGUUAUUGGAUAAAUGGCCUGAUCACGUCAAGCAAAUGCAAAGAAAUUGGAUCGGGAAAUCUGAGGGUGCAGAAUUUGAUUUUCUAGUGAAAUCGAAAAAUAAUUCAAUCCCGCCGCUCAAAGUAUAUACAAGUCGUCCUGAUACAAUAUUUGGAGUGCACUAUUUAGCAGUAUCAUUAGAUCAUCCGCUUCUGUCAAAAGAGCAUAUUCCAAAAGAAAAUCAUUCAAUAGUCUUUGAUUUUGUGGAGAAUGCUAAAGGACAACAAGUAAUUGAAAGAAUUGGAGAAAGCAAAACUAAACAAGGAGUUCACACGGGUCUUUACGCGAUCCAUCCUUUCACCGGAGAAUCGCUUCCAAUCUACGUUUCGCCUUAUGUAUUGUCUGAUUAUGGAAGUGGGGCUGUAAUGGGAGUCCCUGCUCAUGAUAAAAGAGAUUGGGAGUUCACUUUGGUCAAUAAGAUUGUCAAUGAGAAUGAAAUUAAGAGAGUAGUUGAGCCUUUGAGCAUCGAAGAAGAUAAAACUGAAAACCAAAUCUACACAGCAUAUGGAAUCUUAACAUCCGAAUCCGGAGCAUAUAAAGGAUUAAAAACUGUUGAUGCGAUGCAAGCAAUUGUGCGUGAUGCUCAAAAAGCAGGAUUUGGACGUUGGGUGGUGCAGUAUCGACUCCGAGAUUGGCUUUUAUCUCGACAACGUUAUUGGGGAACACCGAUUCCCAUAAUUCAUUGCGAGAAAUGUGAUGCUGUUCCAGUACCAGAAUGUGAAUUGCCGGUACUUUUACCUUCCAAUGUUUCAAUUACUGGUCGUGGCGAAUCUCCGCUUAAACAAGACAAAGAUUGGAUGAGAUGCAAAUGUCCAAAGUAUCAUGCCACGGUCCCGCCACACGAGACACCGACACCAUGGACACUUUUGUUGACUCAUCUUGCAUCAAGGAUUUUACCCGUUGAUGUAUACGUUGGCGGUGUAGAACACGCAAUCUUGCAUUUAUUAUAUGCAAGGUUUUUUUCAAAGUUUAUGCUACAUCGAAAAAUGUACGAUGAAAAUGAUGAUACUGAAAAGAGGCAACCGGGAAAUGGUGAACCUUUUAAAGUUUUAAUAACACAGGGAAUGGUUCAAGGAAAAACAUAUAAAGAUUCGAUCAAUGGACGCUUCUUAAAACCAGAGGAACUUGAUUUUUCGAAUCCUGGUAUUCCAACUCAAAAAUCCAACGGUCAACUGCCCAUAGUAUCAUUUGAGAAAAUGUCCAAACGCAAAUACAACGGUGUGAAUCCUGAAGCAAUAAUUGAAAAACACGGCGCCGAUUCAACGCGGUUAUUCAUACUUUUCAGAGCGCCAGUUUCGGAAAUACUCGAAUGGGAUGAUUCUGGCAUUAUCGGUAUGCAACGAUGGCUUAAUCGUAUGUGGAGACUAGUUGAACUAGUGAUUGAAGAUUCAAAAAAUAAUACAAAUUCUGCAAUGGCACAACAACGUUCUCUAAGUGUGGACAAAAUGGAUGAACGUGAUUUAACUACUUAUCGAAUUAUUAAUUUGACAGUAAAAGAGGUGACGAACGCGCUUUCUGAGACAUAUACAUUAAAUACGGUUGUCUCGGAUUUAAUAAAGCUUACAAACCAUCUCAGUAAUAGUAUCACUACUCCUCAUUCCCCUUCCAAUAAAAAUAAUAAAAAUGAUGAUGAAGAGACGAAUCUCGAUUCUGACACAUCAUUAUCACCGGUUUUCGUUUAUGGAGUUGAAACCCUGGUCAAGAUUCUUGCACCUAUGGCACCAAGUUUUGCUGAAGAGUGUUGGGAAUUUUUGAAAAAAAGACACGAACAUAAUGACAAUAAUGCUCAAAGCAUUUUCGAAGAAUCAUGGCCCAAAAUAGAUUCAACAUCAUUUUCUGUGAAUAAAAUCAAUUGCGCAAUACAGAUCAAUGGAAAAACAAGAUUCGUUCUAGAAAUUCCGGCAGCAACCAUCAAGAAUCAAUCGGCCGUCGAACAAUUGAUUCGUGACUCUAAUGAAGGGAAAAAAUGGAUAGAGGGUAAAUACGCCAAUAAAAAAUUAUCUCGCGUAAUUCAUGUUGUUGGUGGUAAGCUCGUCAACUUUGUUUACGAAAAAUAA